GAACCUCGUCUCUACCGUGCCUCAGGGAGAUUCCAGAAGAGGGUUGUUGCUGCUGCUCCAAUUCAUGAUGUGACGACAGUCCCUCUUCCUUCCGUAAAUUCUGAUACAACAGCUAUGGCUUCGCUUAACUAUGAUGAGGAUACUCACCAUUUGAAUAAGAUGACAGAAGAUAACAAAAUAAUGGAAGAGGCAGCAGAGUAUGCGAAGGGUCUCGAGCGGACAACAAUCGCGGUACCGGGAGACGAGGAUAUGAGGACCACCGUCACACCCACGGCUAUUUCUCAAAAUGUACCGGCUAUCAUUACACCUCGCACUCAGAUUGAAGAGUCAAAGCAGCAGUUCAAGCAACCGCCGCCGGCUUUCCCU